AUGCUACCCUCCGUUGUCCUCAUGUCCGCACUGGCAGCCACUGCCUUCGGCGCCAACACCACCUACACAUACACUUUCCCCGCAGGGUUCAACAUUGGCCUGGUGAAGCAGGAUCAGCUGAACUCCUGGUGCCAGGGACAGCGCAAUGAGUGUCCCUCCAUUUGCAAGGGCUCGACCAAGCAAAACACUUGCGAACCCAGCACAUUGAAGUUCAACUGCGUUUGCGCUGACGGCAGCGUCCCCGAUGUCUCCCCAUACGUCGAGACUGUUCCCUUCUACGUCUGCGAGGAGACCUAUGGCCAGUGCAUCAACUCUCACCCCAACGACGCCGAGGGCCAGCGCGCUUGCAAGGCUGCUGCCACUUGCGGUAGUAAGAAUGCCACCGCCGAGGAUACCACGAGCUCGACCACGACCGCGGCGUCCACCACUCUGGCCAUGACCACUUCCACUGGCUCCAGCUCUAGCCAGACCACCUCGGUCGCCGCCGCUGCAGCCACUACCACCAACGCCGCCGUCUCUGGUUUGGAGGGUUACUCGACUGGUCUCAUGGCUGGUGCCAUGUUCCUCGCUGCGCGUCUGUUCCUGUAG